AUGACGAACCUCGAUGUUGCAGUAUCGGAAACGUUCCUCGCCGCACGCUGGGAUCGCCUCGUCCUCGCGGGCUCCGUCGCCGCGCUAUCCGCCUACGCGCUCCUCCGCGCGUGCGCGCGGCGCGGCGAGGGCGCGGGCCCCGUCGGCCCGAAGUCCAAGGACGUGGCGUCGCACAGAAACGCGGCGCGUGCCCCCGGAGAGUGGAGCGCGGUCGAGUUCGACUACCCAGCGCUCGAGCCCAGCAAUGCGCGCUUCGACGCCGUCGAGCCCGUCCCGUACCGCCCGUUCAAACGGGGCGCGUUCCACAUCACGAUGGGCAUUCGGAACAUGCCCUGGGACGAGUGGAUCGAGCUCGACCGCGGCUUCCCGCACGUUCAUCGGGUGGUUGAGCAUCGCAUACGGACGCGCGGAGACCGUCUCGUGUGCGUGAACGGCGAGAAGCCAGGGAUAGUGAGGUCCGGGCAAGCAGCAGCCGAGGAACUGAUGUACGAGCUCGCAGAGUAUCUGUCACGUCGGCAUCCAGAUGUGUACAGCGUUGCACGACAUCCGCCGUCCGGCGACGACAGUCAGAACGGAUGGUACGGCGAAGGAAGGAUCAAACAGAUUUCCAUCAUUCCUCUGGGCCGUACACACGAUCUAGACUGUGAAGAGCCUUUAAGAGUCGCGCGAUCGCUAAUUCAAGAAGACAUCGACAUCCUCAUAGAAGGAACAGAUGGGCUGUACUACCUGCAGGCAGGAGCGAUGUGCAUAGCGGGGUCUUGGAGAAUCGAGGACAAGCUCGGCAUGCCCCUCGACGAGAUCCACACCUCGGGUCACGUUCCCCAAUUCAAGGAGAGACUUCAGCCGAGCAUGGAGCGGUUCUUCCGCCGCCUGCCCGUCGACAAGCCGGUCGUGCGCACCAACUACUCGUUCCAGGUCGUCCAGGAGCCCGCCGCACGCGUCCCCGCGCCCGCCCCGGGCUCGCUGCUCGCCAUCGACCCCGACGAGCUCGCGUGGGCGGCGACGAUGAACGGGAGCGAGGACGUCUCCGAGUACGAGCGCGCGCAGCACGUCCUCCGCGACGGGCCCGAGCGCGAGCCCGUGCAGGCCACCCCGAGGACGGUGAUGCUCCGCACGGAGCGGCAGACGCUGCGGCGGCUGCCGAGGACGGGCGCGGUCGUGUUCCUCAUCCGGGUGCACCAGACGCGGGUGGAGGACGUGCUGGGGGAGCCGGGCGUGCCGGGGAGGAUGGCGAGUGCGCUGAGGAGCUGGCCGGAGGACGUCGUGAAAUACAAGGCGCGGGCGGCCUUUGAGGGGAUCCUGCCGUACCUGGAUGCUGCCCACGCCGAGCAGCUCGAGAGAGGCGUUGUCGAGCCAGAAGACCAGAUGACGACAUUUACCUUUUAG